AAGAUGGCAUCAUCAAACGGGAAAGAAAGUGCCAAAAUGACGGCAUCAAUUGAUAGUUUAAAACUAUCAAGCAAGAAUACAUCCGUGUGUUCUUCCAAGCACGCUUCAUCAGAAUCGGUGUUGUCAAGGAAAGACAAGGAAUGUCUACAGAUGCAAGAAUGCAAGAAGAAGUUGCUGGCAAUGGAGCCACAGAUUAUAAUAAGGGACGAGAAUGUGGUGUUGAGAUCUCCGCCACAGAAGAAGAUUUUGAUGCCACCGACCAUUAAUGCGGAGGAGUUGGCAGCAGCAACACCUACCCAACGAAACUGGCGGGGUAUACUGAUAGCCCUGUUGGUGAUCGCGGCUGUACUCGGAUUGAUAGUGUUCAGCAUAGCGCUGCUAACACCGGCCAGUGAUGGGGGCAGAGUGCGCGGUCGGCGACCCACUCUGCACGAUGUCCUAACAGAACACUAUAAGCCAUUUAACGGCACCUGGCUUACAGAUGAGGAGCUGGUGUUUCGGGACCGGUGGGGCGGACUCACGCUGUUCAACGUGAGGAACUUCACCACCAGACUCCUAAUGAACAACUCCACAUUUAGAGAAUUAAACGCGGUGGACUUCAAAGUGUCGGCAGAUCUCAAGUUCGUCCUGUUAAUAUCAGACGUACGGCCCGGCUGGAGGCAUGGACGGCUCGCCAGGUACCACGUGUACGACGUCAUAAACAGGAACAAAAUCCCCGUGUCUCCUGUAGAAGAUGACCGGACGGCACCCUUGCUGCAGUAUGCCGAGUGGUCCCCUACUGGUGCAGGUUUGGUGUUCGUGCACGACAACGACAUAUACUACAAGCCAAAGAUGCUCAAGACUCUGGUCUGCAGAAUUACUAAAAGUGGGGUGCCGGGUGUGAUCUUCAACGGUGUACCAGACUUUCUGUAUGAGACUGAAGUGUUAAGAUUGGACCGAGCACUGUGGUUCAGUCCGGAUGGCCAGACCCUGAUGUAUAUAACAUACAACAAUACUCAGGUGCAGCAGCACAAGUACCCGUGGUACGGGCUCGACCAGCAGGAGCCUCCAGCGUACCCCACCAUAAAAACAUUACGGUACCCCAAAGUGAAUACAAAUAAUCCUGUAGCGACGGUGUACGUGGUCAGUUUGAAGACGCUGAAGUAUCUGUUCCCACAUCCAAUACAGUUCUCGCCGCCAGUAGAUAAAAGUUGGUACGUAAGGUGGACGGAAUGGAUAUCAGAACGGCAGAUAGCUGUGUUGUUACUCAACAGGCCUCAGAACUUCUCCAUAGUCAGCAUCUGCAACGCUGCACAAUACAAUUGCCAAGAUAUAUUUCGCGAUGAAACGGACGGUACUCGCUGGUCGGGUCUCGGCGCAGAGCCGACGACAGAAGAAUGCGGGUGGUGCGGCGGCGCGGCGCUGGCGGGUGGUAAGGCGGGGCUGUUCACCACCGCGCCCAUCGCCGACGGCGGCGGCACCUGGAGACACGCCGUCAGAAUCUCGCAGGACACCAAGACCGCGCUCACACAGGGCAACUAUGAGAUUACCCAGGUCGUUGGGUGGGACGACAGAAGAAGAUUAUUGUACUUAAUAGGUACAGCACCGGACAAAGCAGGUGAGAGACACUUGUACCGGAUAUCAGUGCCAGCAGACGAGAUGACGUGGCCACCACCAGCUCACUGCCUCACCUGCCCGGAGGCGGAAUUUCUUCCAUCUGAUUCCACAGUUGAACCAACCAGUGAAGAUCCGGAAAGUGGGAACUCUACAUCAUCAUUACCGGCCUGGCCCACGUCCACUGUACUCCCACAUGUGGCCAAUGAGAAUGACACCUUGCCCACCGUCUGCCUUUAUAACCGGGUGUUCUUCAGCAAGAACUUCUCGUACUAUGUCCAGGAAUGCCUCGGGCCCGGGCCGCCGGCCACGUUCGUGUGUUCGAUGUCGGGCGCACGCCGCGCACUGCUGUGGGACGGGGCGCCUCUCAGGCACAAGUUUGCGGCGCUAGCGCAGCCGCAGUCCAAAGUAUUCAGGGUCGAAGUACAAACGAAUCGAGAAGCUAGAGUGCGUCUGCUGCUGCCGCCAGGGUUCAGAGAAACGGAUGACCUGCCUCUACCAUUAGUAUUACAUGUGUCAGCACAGCCCGGCGGGCAACUGGUGACGGAAAAGUGGUGGCCCGACUGGGGCUGGUACCUGGCGGCGGCCAGGAACUUCAUCGUAGCUGAAAUAGACGCCAGGGGAUCAGGCGGACAGGGUGAAGAGCUGAAAACUGAGAUAUACAACAAACUGCUGUCGGUAGACGUCGAGGACCAAAUCGCUGUAUUAUCAUAUCUCCGUGAUAACCUGAAAAUGGUGGACGGGACACGGGUGGGUGUGUGGGGCCGAGGGUACGGCGGUGGCGCGGCCACUGCUCUCGCGGCCGAUGAUGCCAGGAACGUCACGCGAUGCCUGGCUGCCGUGGCCCCGCUCACAGAUCUACGGCACUACAAUUCGUACUGGACGGAGCGGUACAGCGGCGGCGGCGGCGGCGGCGGCGGCGGCGGCGCGGUGUGGCGGCGCGCGGGCAACCUCCCGCCGCGCCGGCUGCUGGUGGCGCACGCCUCCGCCGACCUCGCCGCGCCCGCGCACCACGCGCUCGCACUCGCGCGCGCCCUCAUCCGCGCCGGCGCGCUCUACUCGCACCUGGUGUACCCUGACGAGGGACACGAUUUUGGGAGUUCCUCAAUUCACCUCCAUAAAGCUAUGGAGCAAUUUUUCGACGAAUGCUUCGGGCCGGUGGAAGUAGCGGACUGGGACGCUGGAGGGGUCGGGGGACUGUUCCCCUUCAGAGAUUAG